AAGCCCAAAUUAUGGAUGCUGCCCAAAGAGGCCAGUUAUUCUGGCAGUGCCAACCGAUUGCCCAAAUAUUUACUCACAGCUGAUUGACGUCUUGAUAUAUUUACGAUGAUCAUGUAUCCAUUAACCCACCGACCCAAUUUGUCCAGUAAUUUUGGGAAUCGCUUGUUUGUAGAUCGAUCAGUUCCCCUUCAAAACUCAAGACGAAUGGUUCCCAAAAUGAAACCGAAUUGGCUAACUACGUGUAUCCUAGUUAUUUUUCUGAUUCAUCAAUCGAGUUCUCUGCUAUGGCCAGCAUCUUCUAAUUUGGGUCUGACACUUUCAGUGUCCACACCCAUUGCUGAACUCUAUCCAGAACGUCGUAUUCUGAUCGAUUGGUGCUUCGCCAUCUCCUACAACUAUCCCUAUAACCUGACUGAGUUUUAUAGCAUACCCAUCUGGCCAGGAUUCGCCAACUACAAAGCGAAGCGAGAAGUUCCCCAACUGGAACUGACGGAUGAGAACUUCUAUACGAAAUAUGGACAUAAUAAUGGCAAUGGUAUGCAUCCCAAGGAUUUUUCGGCUGGGGAACUCUAUGCCUUCCUUGAGGAUACUUUAGCGGGAUAUGGAUACCAUGAGACGUGCUUGCUAAGAAGUGUUUGCGAGUUGGCACAACACCCUUUCGAUGACAACCAUCAGCACUUGCUAAGCGACAUUGUGACCUUCGUUUUGAGCCCCUCCCAACACGAAGGUUUUCGGGAUGACGAAGACGUAUACAGAAAGACCUACGAAUUGGCCGAGCAAGAUGGAUUCCUGGGUCGGGAUUGCUUGAGAUUAUAUUCCCACUGCAAACACGAUCUAUUACAGCUGAUGAGUCAAGUUAUAUUUCACUAGAACUAAUAAAAGAUCUAGAAAUGGGCCUACAUGUAAAUUGCAA